AUGGUAUCCCAGGAGUACCUGGUGUUCCAGGAAAUUCUGGUAAAGAUGGAAGACGUGGUGAAAAAGGGAGAUGUUGGUCCCCAAGGUCCAGUCGGACCUGCUGGUGGCCAUGGAAAAGGAGAACCAACUACAUGUGGAUCUGAUUUCGUGGAUUUAGCCAGCAAGUCAAACUGGAAACAAUGUGUUUGGAAAAGAGAUGAUGAGAAAGACAACGGAUUGAUAAAGGUUUGCUACCAUCGAUCGAUAUAUAUAUAUAUGUUCUGUAUAUGAGUGAAGAUACUUCAAGAUAGUAGAAUGGGCCUAUAUUCCUAUAAGUUAUAUUGUACGUCUUGUGUGCUUUCCAAGGGUACGUUGAAUAUACACUUUGGAAUGCUCGUUUAUUUUUCUAUUUUCACAGAUCUUUGGGCUCGCGUAAGUUAUUUGGCGUGUUUCCACUACAAGUACACUACUACAAGUCUAGAUAGGCUUGACCAUGGGCAGAUUUUAUUUCAUUGCAUGAUUGGCCGACUAGUUUAAUCUCAAACAACAUAAUCCUAAUUAUGCCAAAGUCAUGCAGGUUUAGCAGGCAGACUGUUUGCAGUGCAAACACUGCUUUUAGGAAGUUGGUUUCCAUAUUCUUGAAGCCCGUCUAGAACAAUUUGUCGAUCACAAUUCUGAUAUGAAAAUGGCCUUUCUUUGCCCAGCAUAAAGGUCGUCACAAGAAUGUUUCUCAGGAUAAAACCAUUUUGGGUUAAUUCUAAUUUUGAUGAAACGAAAUUUCCGAGACACAUUAAUUUUGCAAAUAUAUAGACCUCUUGUUCCAUUUUUGCAUAAUUUCCUCAUAGAUAAUGGAAUUAAUAUUGUUAAAAUUUUUAGAUCUGCAUUUUCAACAAAAGGUAUGAUAAUACUUCUCUACACGUCAUGUAUGGAGGGACUCUACGCAUUUAUAAUUGCAGAGGCUGCUGUAAACGUUGGUAUUUCACAUUCGACGGAGCUGAAUGCACGAAACCAAUGACCGUUGAAGGAAUUGUUUAUCUAUCUCACUCGCAAGAAAAUCCUCAUCGUCAUCGCGUUAUUGAAGGUUAUUGUGACCAAGUUCCUAAGGGACACGUUCGAGUUGGAUUUUGGGUUG